AUGGAUGAAGAUAAUAAAUCUUUUGACCUAACAAGAGUAACAAAAAUUUUUACAGAUUCUCUAAAAGAUGAAACAGAUGUCUUCUUAAAACAAUACUUAAAUGCCUAUGAAGAAUUAAGUAAAAUAUUCACUAUGCUGGGUAGAAUAUUUGGAUUUGUAGAAUCAGAUGUAGUUAAUAAAUUAAAUAUUCUGUCUACAUGUCUGGAGAACAAACCAGAAAAUUAUAAUGCUGUUCUAACAAUGAUUCAAUAUGAGUGUAGUGGUAAUAAUAAACCAUUAGAUCAAGGAAGUAGAACAUUACUUCGUUUACAUAGAGCAUUAGAUUUUAUAAUUAAGUUUGUUAAUGGUUUAAUGGAAGGCCAUUGUUCAGGAAUUUCAAUUCAUGAAAUAGUUAAAAAAGCCUAUGAUGAAACUUUAGCUAAUUUUCAUGGAUUUAUAAUAAGAAAAAGUGUGGGAUUAGCUGUGUAUGGUCUUCCUGAUAGAGAACAAAUAUUAAGAAGAUUUUUUAAAAUUCCUGAAUCUGAAGAAAUACCUACUGAAAAAAUUAUAAAUGAAGCAGAGGAAUUUCAUAGUGUAGCAAAUGAAGUUUAUAGUAGAAUCCAAAUUGCUUAUGAAACAAGAAAUUUACUUAACUUACCAUAA